AUGACCCGCUACAUGAGAAGCCGUUCCCGAGCCAGCCAGCAUGAGCUGCUAUUCACCACAGAACCCAUGACCAAAGCCCGGUUUGUCACCCGCCUCUGCCUCCUCUGCCUCUGCCUGCUGACUUCCUCUAGAUCGCUACACGGCUCAUUCCUUUCGCAUAGGUGCAGCUACAACCACAGCUAUGACGGCCCCUGUGUCCACCCUCAAAGCCACGGGCCGAUUGUCGUCAGCCGCGUGCGAACACUAUCUGCGCCCCGAGGCUCGGGACAUUCUAGAAGCCCAAAAAACUAUGAGUACCCAUAA